GGAAAAGGCAAAAGAGAAAGGGCGGCUGGCUGCGUAUAGGUGAGUGUUGGUCGGCAUGGCAGCACAAGGGGCGUCAUUGCAGAACUACAACAAUGAGUUGGUCAAGUGCAUUGAGGACCUGCGCGAGAAGCGGGAGCAGGUCAACGCACAAAUCAUGAAGGAGGAGGAGGAGAAGCAGAAGAUACAAAAGGAAGUGGCCCUGCUCACAGACAGGCUCAACAAAAUCAACGGUAUGUACAAGUUGAUAAAACACGCAAGAGCCCAGACGGGGGGCGGAUGGUGUGUGUGCCAUGUGCAUCUCAUUUCCUUUGCUGCGUGCAGAGGGUUUGGUGAGGAAGACGCAGGCGCGGAAUGAGUAUGACAAGACCAUCCAGGAGACCGAAGCAGCUUACAUGAAGGUAAGGUGCCCACAGACGGACCACCUGGCAGCCAAACACCAAAUCAUCCCCAAUGUGCCUUUGCACGUGUGUGUACGUGUGGCUUCUCUCUGUGUGCGCGUGUUCCCUCCCUCUGUCUGUGCGUGUGUGUGUGUGUGUGUGUGUGUGUGCAGAUCUUGGAGUCGUCGCAGACGCUGCUGCACGUGUUGAAGCGUGAGACGGUCAACCUGACCAAGAAGAAACACACCACCGAGGGAUAGAUAGAUCACAGACAGACGGACAUAUAGACAGGUGGAGGAAUGGAGGAAUUGAAUGGAUGGAUGCGGCACGGACGGAGGAACAGACGGAAGGAGGGACGAUAGCGUGUGUGUAUAGACCUGAGGGAUCAAUGGACACGGGAGGGAGGCUGCAUGUACAGACAGACAGACGGACAGGCAACAGAGAGCGUGAUAUGUGUGUGGGUGGCUGGGCGGCUGCUGGGGGUGGGUGUGAGAGAUACAACCAACGGUCCGUGGGUGCGUGUGUCAGUGCUGCGUGUAUCUGUGUAUGUGUGUAUGUGUGAACGUUUGUGGGUCCGUCCAUCCAUCCAUCAAUACAUGUGAAUUAACC